UGAAAAGAUAAGGGAAAAUGAAACGAUCCCAAGAAGGAAAAAAGAGAGAGAAAAGAAAAUUGCAUUCGACUCAGCACUUGAGUCUACCAAUAAAUCUGCAAAAAAUAAAAGAUCAAAAGGGAGUGGUGAAGAAUCGGAAACCUGGAGCAGGGGCAAUGGUGCUAUAGAUGAUGUUUCGGAUAACAGGGAGUGGGAUGGCAGCAACCAUGGAGUCGAUGAUCGAGUGGUAAGACUGAAGAAGCGAUCCUGA